AUGAAUUGCCGUGUUUCUAGGCCGUCGCCCAAAAGGAGUUUAUCGUGCGCGGGCCUGGACGAUCUUGACGAUCUACUCCACGGCACUGACAACACACGCGCACCUCCGAAUCGGAAACGCCACCAAAGCCUCACUAACGACAACAACCUCGCAGCUGCCAGCUUUGCAACGCCAUCUUCCCCGUCAGAGCGUGACUACCCGCCACCCCCGGCUUCCUAUCCUGGAGCGCUGCGCCGACCCGACUUGCCUCCGUUCAGCGAGAGUACUGAUGCGUUCCAAUUGGUGCCAUCUUCCUCGUCAACGUUGGAUUCUCGAUACCGUCAAGCAUCGUCAAAUCAAGUCCAGACGACUGAACAUCACCAGGACGACCAGGACAACAACUAUGAAGAAGAGCAUAGCCACGAUUUCAACAACGAGUUCCAUGGCAGCUAUGGUGGUGCCCACGACUACAAGAGCAGCUUCUCCUUAUCCCAAGAGCCCCAGGAUGUGUUCGAGCGCAGGCUGAAACUGGACCACGAUGCGCUCUCAGCGAAGCGCUUUGACCACAAUGUUUUCCUGCCACCAUCGCACCGAUCGGCUAGUGAAUGCUCCCCGCGUGAGGAAUUUCUCGUCCAGGCCUUUGGUCCUAGUGGAUUCAAACUGCAUGGAGAUACUUCGGUGUCGAGCAACGAUGAGCUGGAUGGGAGUUUCAGUGACGAUAGCAGUAACAACAACAGGGAACAUGAUUCACCAGGUCACGGCGCCGAGCUUGCGGAUGCAGAUUCCGAGCUGAAAAUGUCUUUCAACGAACUGGAGGCCGACAUACGUGGUGCUAUGCAUCAGCAUCCGCAACAUCAGCAGCAACACGCAGCACGACUUCCCGAGUUGGUGGAGAUACCCCAGCAAUCGUUUCCUUCGUCUUCCCAUGGACCUUUUGGGCUGAACCGCAGUGCCGGCUACAGCAGAAGUAAUCAGGAAAUGCACCGUGCUCCGCUAUUUGGCCAACCGCAAGACACUCGCCCACACCUCGUCCAGGACCCGAAAGAAUCGAGGUAUUUUCCUCGAGAGCAGCAGCACCACACGCCUUCAUCCCAGGACAAGUCGGCUCAUCAAGGCCAAAGUAAAGCUGGCGGUAGUGCUCAAACACCAACAAAGUGGCUUCGCGACGAGGACGAACGGCUUCGUGUCGCAGUGGCGCGCUUUGGCGGCAAAAACUGGAAGAUGAUCGCAGAAACGCUGGGAAAUGGGCGCACAGACGUCCAGUGCCUUCACCGCUGGAACAAGGUGCUGAAGCCAGGUCUGAUUAAGGGGCCCUGGACUCCUGAAGAGGAUCGAAUUCUGACAAACCUCAUUACGCGCUACGGUGUGGGGAAAAUUCGUUGGUGCGAUCUCGCGCUGCAUUUGCCUGGGCGCAUUGGGAAGCAGUGUCGAGAGAGAUGGUGCAACCACCUCGACUCGCGUAUUCGCAAGGGCCAGUGGACCCCCGAGGAGGACGACAUGGUGUUUCGUUGGCAGCAAAAAACCGAUUCAACUCGGCCGCGCGCCGCAAGUGGCUGA